AUGGCGUGUCUUAGGAAACUGAAGGACGACAUUUCUGUUCUUGAAUCUCUAUUUCCAAAAAACCACGAGCGGUUACAGGUACUUGUCGCUUCGGUUGACGAGAUUACGUUGAGAUUCAUUGAUGGAACCGGAAGGUCGGUGAUUAUCAAUGCCAACAUCUUGGUGAGUGCAGGCAUAAUUUGUCCAGCAUUUCUUUUUUCGAAAUGUGUUCUUUUGAGAUUUUGUAGGGUUUUUUGCUAUACUGUAAAUUUGAACUUGCGAAGUUGUAAUUAA